AACAGCAUGGCAGCGGUGGUGUUGAAGCAUUGUUGGAGAGGACUUUUGCAGAAUUCGGGCAGUGGAGCUGUAACGACUAUCAGGUCGAAGGUUUUUGAUGGAGUUAGAAAAAAAUCUACAGUACAGUACAUAUCCCGCCCAGAUCAACCAAAGCUUGCCUAUCGUAGAGUGAAGGGAAAGAGUCCUGGUGUUGUGUUCUUGCCUGGCUAUGGAUCUAACAUGAGUGGACAAAAAGCAGAGGCUAUGGAAGAGUUCUGCAGGUCACUAGGCCAUGCUUUCCUAAGGUUUGAUUACUCUGGCCAUGGAGCUUCUGAGGGUGUAUUUGCAGAAGGCACUAUUGGAACCUGGAAAAAAGAUGUCCUAUUUAUGUUAGAUGAACUUGCUGAAGGUCCCCAGAUUCUCGUUGGCUCCAGUAUGGGUGGUUGGCUGAUGCUCUUGGCUGCUAUGGCUCGCCCAGAGAAGACAAAAGCGUUGGUGGGCAUUUCCACAGCAGCAGAUUAUUUUGUUACAGCCUUUAAGGCACUUCAUAUAGAGGUGAGAAAAGAGUGUGAGGACAAGGGUGCAUGGACAAUUCCCACGAAGAGUAAUGAGGAAGGAAUGUACACUGUGAGUAUGGACUUCCUACGUGAGGCGGAGAACCACUGCAUCCUGCAGAGCCCCAUCCCUAUCACCUGCCCCGUGCGUCUCAUUCAUGGCCUGAAAGAUGAGGACGUGCCCUGGCACAUCUCUAUGCAAGUUGCUGAACGUGUUCUAAGCCCCGAUGUAGACAUCAUUCUGCGCCGCCAUGGCCAGCACCGCAUGGCUGAGAAAGAUGACAUCAAGCUUAUUGUCUACACCAUCGAUGACCUCAUAGACAAGCUUACCACCAUGGUGUGAGCCACGAUUUAUGAUGGGGUUACCAGACAACCUGCCUUAAGAUCCUCUUACUUUAUUUUGCCAAACACCCUCUUCCCAUUUUGUCUUGCAUGACAAGAAUGUAGGAAAGGGUGAACUGUUGGAGGAAAAAAGGGAAUAACCCUAAAACCCUUGUUCCUUAUGCCUUCUUUUAGAUAUAUUUAACAUGUUUACUCAAUGCAAUGCUGUGCCAUUCAACCCUUUUGAAAAGCUGCUGCUUGUCUAGCAGAAUGGUUACUGCCAGUUCUGGAAUCUGUAGGUCUCCUGUGCCUUUUUUACCUCAUGUCACACUGUUUUAUGGAAAUAAAGCCUUAGUAUAUCAAUAAACAGUUUAUUAUAUGCA